AUGGAACUUACCCAGAGAUUGGAAUGUUCUCAAGUCCUUUUUAAUAACCCAGAAAGACUAUGUCCAGAACAGAUUGGAUUUCUUGGCAUAUGUGGCACCAAGUAUCCGGUAAAAAGAGGCCCAAACAAAAUAGGUAGAGACCCUCAAACAUGUAAUAUUGUUUUAAAUUUAAAUUCAAUAUCCCGUCAACAUGCUGUCAUUAAUGUACUAAACAAGAACAAUUUUAUGCUAAUGGAUUUAGAUUCUGCAAACAAAACAAAAUUGCAAAAUAAAUCAUUAGAUCCAUAUAUACCACAACCAUUAAGAAAUGGGGACACUGUUCAGUUUGGCGAGGUUUUUGGUAUAUUCAGAUUACUUGAAGAGGAAACUGAUCUGCCUAUGACACAAGCGUUAGAUAUUCCAGAAACUCCUAUAGUCAAGAAACACAUAUCAAAAAUAAAUCGUACAGCAAUGAUACCUGAGUCUCCAGAAGUCAGCGACAGGGUAAGAUGCAAUGAUGAUUCCUUUAUAGCACCAUCUCAACCAAAAGAAGCAUUUAAAAGUCCAAAUAAUAAUUACGUCAAAGCAUCGGGAAAAUCUAUUUCCAUUCAGCCAAUUGGUCAGACUAAGAUAGACAAUGUAUAUUGGAACUCAUCAAAAAAGUCAGAUUCAUUUAUACUUAAUAAUUCAGUUAUAUCUGUGAAGUCAAGUGAUGUGAGUGGCUGUAAUAAUGUUCAUGAUCUAGAAACUCAGAUUCCUAAUCUAAAUGAUAAUACUAGCAUAUACGAAGCAAAAACACAAUUGCCCCAGGAAGAAAGAACAAAUUCACCUGACUUUUAUAAUAUGGAAACCCAAGUUCCAGUCUUGAACACUACACUUAGUAAUAAAAAAGAUGUAAUAAAGGAAAUACAUGCUGACGAGGACAAAGAGAAUAAUAUUAGUAUAUUUGAGGCUGAGACUCAAGAAUAUUUACAUGAUAUAAAAGAACCUACCAAUAAAUUUGAUGGUAGUGAAAGUGAUAUAACAAGUCAUAAAUCUAAUGAUAUAAUCCUUUUUAAUGAUAUUGAUAGUCAACCUUUGGACAAUGAUUUGGAAUCACAAGUAAUUUUGCCUUCCAGUCCAUGUGGCUUAUUACAUCAAGUCAAUAUAACAAAUACAAUAAAGGUAAACUCAAAUGACUGUCAUGACUUUGAUAUUUUACCCACACAAGUCAUUCCAUCAUUAGAUUUAAUAACUGAAGACAGUAAUGAUAUAGAUAUGAUACCAUCUCAAACUAUUUCUAAGAUGGAUAUUGAUAAUGAAACUGAUAGUGAAGAUUGCAACCCAAAUCAAAAGGCUGUUGAUGAAGAUGUGACUGAUUGUGAAGAAGAUCUGGACUUUGAUAAGAAUAAUGUUGAAUUGAAAGCUUCAAUUCCAACUUGCAAAAGCAAUCCAAAUUUUGAAGAAGUGGAAACACAAAUUAUACCAGAAGUUAAUCAAAAUAACAAAGUAAAAACACAAGUUAUAUCAGAAAAUGAAACAAACAAUAUACCAGAAGGAUGCGAUUUUGAAGAUAUGUUGACUCAAGUGAUCCCAACAGUUGAGGAUUCUGAGAAACCUCUUAAUAUUACAAAAAAAACACCACCGCAGUUGAAAAAUAGAAAACCCGAAGAAGAUGUGAAAAAGAAAGUGUUGAAUAAAAUUUCCACUCUCAACAAUGUAUUUAAGGUUCCUACUAUCUCGCCUAGUAAGGUAAAACAGAAGGAAUCCCCCAAAUCCCAAAUUAAAAAAACACCUACAGUUACUGAUGAUAAUGACUCAAACUAUUAUUGUUUCACGCAAGACAUUAUAAACGACUUGUGCUCGCAAAAGACCGCAAUCGCAAACGAUGAUUCAUUAGAAACGGAAAUAAAAAUCAAUGAAAGUGUCGCUAUGUACUCUAGUCAGAAAAUUAGAGAUAUUGUAGGUGCACAGAGUACACCAAACCAAAAACAAUUUCCGAGCGAUAGUCCAGACUGCGAAAGUGCUUCAGAAAAUUUAAAGCCAUUCAUACUUGAUUUACCCGACAGUCAAGAAAUUAGUAGUAGUAGACAAAAAAUUACACCAAAGCGUGACCAGCUAUCGACCGAAAAUUCUAGCGAAUCGGAAACGGAAGCCGAUUCUACACCUGGAACACCAAUAUUGUUCAAAAAGAAACUAAGAAAGUCAAAUAACAUUAGAGAAGACCUGUUGAAGAAGUUUGAAUCACAGGGAGUACCAACUAGAAUAUCAACAAGAGUUAAAAAACCCACAGAGAAAGGAAAUAAUAUGUCUAUAUUAAAAUCAAGUUUAAUAAAUUCCGAAGAGGAUAGCAUUGACCCUGAUAUUAUUGCGGAAAAUAUAAUGCGCCUUAAAGAGGCUAUUUCUAGAAAGUCUACUAAACGUGCUACAGCUAAGAAGGUGGACGAUAAACAUGAUGUCAAGGUAGAGAAAGAACAUACAGCGGAUAUAAUAAAAGAAGAGAGAGGGUCUGUUAAGUCUAAAAAAAAGGACGACAAAAGCGAAACAAGUAUAGUAUCUGAAGAAAAACCUAGUACUUUGAAAGAAACAUCAAAAACAAAAACAGGAAGAAAAGCUAAAGAGUCUAAAAGACAAGAUAAAAUUAAAACAGAACAGAUAACAAAAUCCACUAAAGAGUCAAAGAAACCGAAGAUAAAAAUAAGAAUUUCCGAUCCAAGACCAGACAAUAUAUUAAAAAAUGGCACAGUGCGCCAGACGCGCUGUCGUAGAAAGAAAGAUGAUAGCUUACAAGAAAAUGACAGCAAAGAGGAAAAUAAAAGAAAAGCCAACAGUAGAACAUUAAAGCGUUCACUCUCCAAUACAGAUCUAUCUAACAUAAGUGAAAAACGUAAACGCACUAAGAGAACUGAAACGCGACAGUCGUCAUCGGAUAACGAAGAACAGCCCGAACCACGGCGUAGUAGAAGACAAAGGACAAAGAAAGAAUUGAUAGAGAAGUUAAAAGAAGAGAGCACUGUGUUUGAAUCACCACAAUGUGGGAUAAAGAAACCAGUUGCUAAUAAACAGUUGGCAUAUGAAGAUAGACCUGCAACAGCACUAGGUCUGUUGACUAAGCCGAGAGCUAUGCCAAGCAGGAGGCAGAAACCACACCGAGUUUUGUUCACUGCAUACCCUUAUGAAGAUGACAAAGUUUUGGAAGCUUUAGGUGCAGUAGUAACAUCAGACGUUAAAGAGUGCACAGUCGUGCUGACGAUGCAGAUAAAGCGAACAUUCAAGUUGUUAUGUGCUGUGGGUUUGGGAAAGCCGAUAGUUGGACGCCAGUGGGUUCAAGCAUGCGUCGAUAAUAAUGUCAUUGUUGAUCCGUGGCUCUACCUGAUUCAUGAUGAGGCGACAGAAAAACGUUUCAAUUUCAAGCUGCAACAAUCGCUCACGGGCAAAAAGAAAUUCCUCAAAGGCAUUAACGUUAGUUCCACACUAAAUGUCAUGCCUCACCCAAAGGAAAUGAAAAUGAUAGUGGAGUGUUCAGGUGCAACAUGGAAGGAGCCAACUCUUGAACCGCCAAAAUCAAACUGGGUCGUGGUGUCAUCAGUAACAGACGAGGUGGUAUGGCCCGCCCUAAAGAAUAAGGGCGCUAUCAUUGUGUCCCCUGAGUUCGUGCUCGCCGGAGUCCUACGGCAGACUUUGGAAAUUGAGAAGCACCGAAUAGCUUGA